UAUAUUCUGUGUUCCAUUGAGGCUGUGCAAUGGCACCUCCAAGAAUGAGUGUAUGCAAGUCAUUUAGUUCACUAUUUAAAGGCUCUUCAUUAAAAUUUGGAAAGUCGUGGGUUAGUAACCAACAUAGAAGAGGAUUGUAUGAUGUUAUUAUAGUUGGUGGAGGUAUGGUUGGGUCUGCACUGGCUUGUGCUCUAGGUAGUGAUUCCAAACUUCAGGACAAGAAAAUCCUUGUUCUAGAAGCAGGAGACAAAGUCAAAUUGGAGGAAAACUUAGGGUUAUACAGUAAUCGAGUCAGCACAAUCAGCCCUGGCUCACAGAACUUACUUGAGAACAUAGGAGCAUGGAAACAUAUUGAAAAUAUGAGGGCAAAAUCAUUUAGGAGGAUGCAGGUUUGGGAUGCCUGUGGUGAUGGUUAUGUGACAUUUGAAGGAUCUGAUGAUUUACAGCAUGAAGUUGUCAUGGGUCAUGUUGUUGAAAAUAAUGUUCUUGUCAAAGCAUUGGAGUUACAGUUAGAGGAACUAAAAUCUAAAAUUGAUGUUCUAUAUAAAACAAAGUUGAAAGAAAUACAAAUUCCCUGGGAUAAUGAGAAUUGCAACUGGAUUGAAAUUGCUUUAGAAGAUGGGCAAACAUUGUCAACAAGACUUCUGGUGGGGGCAGAUGGUCAUAAUUCAUUCACCAGAAAACAAGCAGAUGUUGAAUGCAUCACAUAUGACUACAAACAAAAUGGUGUUGUUGCAACUCUUGGUAUCUCAGAGACAACAGAUAACAAUGUUGCAUGGCAGAGAUUUCUUCCAAAUGGACCAAUUGCUCUGCUUCCCCUUACUACAAACAAAAGCUCUCUUGUUUGGUCGACAACUACUGAGGAGGCUAUGAAAUUGGUCAGUUUACCAGAAAGACAGUUUGUGGAAACCUUGAAUGAAGCAUUGACAGGAGAUUUAGAAAAUAAUUCAAUAUCACGAAUGGCAUCCCACUUGAUGCACAAUGCUAUAUCAACAAUCCAACCAGAUUAUCUUGGCUUACAGAUGCCUCCAAAAAUUGAAUAUGUGGAAGAGAAUAGCCUUGCAUCCUUUCCUCUCGGGCUUAAUCAAGCGUCUUACUAUGUAAAACACAGAUUAGCAUUGAUUGGGGAUGCUGCCCACAGAAUUCACCCACUUGCAGGACAAGGAGUUAAUCUUGGAUUCAGUGAUGUGCAGUGUUUGGUGAAAGAAUUGAGACUUGCAGCUGUUGAUGGGCAAGAUAUUGGAUCGUUGGAACAUCUUUUAAAAUACGAAACUGCUCGACAAAGAGAAGUUACAUUAAUGAUGGCAGCGACGCACGGGUUGAACUCUUUGUUUUCGACCUCAUUCAUCCCUUUGGUCGUGCUUCGUAAUCUUGGAUUUCAAUUGACGAACGCUCUGAACCCACUUAAAAAACAAAUUGUUCAGUAUGCUAUGAAAUGAAAAAAGUGUUGAAAAAAUGUAAAUAAUUCCUUAUUGAAAGAAAUUAUGGACACUUAGUUUCCUGUUGAACUAGAAGCAGUCUUUGUUUAAUAAUAAUUUUUAUUCAAUAUUA